CUCGCCUUGGUAACGAACGAAAGAAGACGGGAAGGUCCUUCUUCUUCUGUGCUUCGCUGAGCCUAAGUUACAUCAACACCAUGGCGAUUGUCUCUUUGCUCAUUCUUCCGCUUGGUUCCCUCUCUGGCCUGCCCGCUCGCUCACUCGCUCCCAAGCAGCCGUCAUCCCAUGCCAUCCCAUCCCAUUCAUGUCGCCUCUCGCGCGUGGUGCUUUCUCUGGAGGAAUGAAGGACGGAGGCGCUUCGUUUGUUUUGCAAAGGAGUAGUUCUUGGGAGGUUGAGGAGCUGCGUGGAUGAGGCGGAGGAGGAGGAGGAGGAGCAGGAGUAGUUUUAUCGUCUUUCAAACUUAAUUCUAUCGGAGGGUGUUGGAUUGGGUCGUGGACGUGAACUGGCGGAUGUGGUAGGUGGAGUUAUGUCUUGAGGGGAGGAUUUCGACAUGUGUUAGUGAGGAUUUUCUUGAUGCGAUGUCGUUGUGAUAUCCCGGUGAUCUUGAUUUUACACUGUUCUCGGGAUAGUGAUGGAUUCCUAGCUUAUUGUGAGGUUUUUCUCCGUUUAGAGCUCGACAGACUAAAAUGUUUAAUUACUUUUGGGAGGUUUUGAAGUAGUGAAGGAAGGAUUUUAUGGUCAUAAGGUUUGAGUUGCUGAGUUUUAAGUUCGGACACAUGAAAUGCUAGAGGAAGUGAUGAUUGGAGAUAAAAUGAAGGAAAAUUGACAUUGGUAGAGGUCGCUGUUGUGGCAAGCUGCGAAAGUGGGAUUAUUAAGCGUCGUGUAGGCAGAUACGAUUGUAUUCUGAAGUUCGUAUUCUGAAGGAGAUUGGCAGUCCUGACUUGCGCAAGAAAAACACGUCACCUCGUUGAAUUGUUCGGCGGUCAGUUGACGUUCUCUCUAAUGCUAGAUAACUCAAUUAGCGUUGGAUUUGGAUCCUGUUGCGAAAAGCUAAUGCGCUGGUAGUAUUUCAAGGUUUUGGGUGAGGAAUAGGUAUCGGUUAGAAAAAUGAAGAAACGGGAGAGGGGAGACGAUGAGAACGGGCCUCCGCAAGGGAAGCGAGCUGCGGGGCCACGAGGAGCCGAGUCUUCGGAAGCUGCCGCUAACAAUUAUUCGGCAGCGAACGGCCAGCGCCUCACUACGGACGAUGCGCUUGCGUACCUUAAAGCCGUCAAGGAGAAAUUCAAAGACGAUAAAGGAAAGUAUGAUGAGUUUUUGGAGGUCAUGAAGGACUUCAAGGCGCAGCGGCUUGAUACGGCUGGCGUAAUUACUCGCGUGAAAGACCUAUUCAAAGGUCACCGACAGUUGAUACUUGGCUUCAACACAUUUCUUCCGCGAGGCUACGAGAUCACCCUACCAUUAGAAGAGGACAAGAAACAGCCUGCAGUCGAGUUUGAUCAAGCAAUCAACUAUGUAAAUAAGAUCAAGGCUCGCUUUCAGACUAACGAGCAUGUAUACAAGGCUUUCUUGGAGAUCCUGAAUAUGUAUCGGAAGGGUAACAAGUCCAUCAACGAAGUAUAUCAGGAGGUAGCAUCGCUAUUCGAGAAUCAUGGCGACUUGUUGGAAGAAUUCACAUACUUUCUCCCUGGGUCAACUGGAUCACCUGUCCAUCCUGUUGCAACACCCGUACAGCAGAUUCCACGCCUACGAGACGAGAAAGGGUUUGGAGCAAAUGUCAAGCCCUUGAACGAGAGGCUUGUAAUACCAAAGAAAGGAAAAUCUUCGGUUAUGUCGGGUGAGCGUAGCCGAGACCGUGAGCCGGAGCGGCGAACAGAGAAAGAUCGCAAGAGAUCAGACAAGGAGAAAGAUAGGAAGGAUAUGGGGGACAGAAAGGAUAGGGUCGGCAAGGAGGAUGGAGGGCGUGACAAAGAGAAAGAUUUCGCGGAGCAGAAGCCUGCAAAAAGAGCGUCUGCUCGUAAUGCAAGCGAUGCUAUAAGGAGGCAAUGUCAGGCUGGCGAGGGGGGCGACGGUUUCUCCGUGACCGCCUCCCAAGCGUUGACGGAUGAUAAGAAAGCAGUGAAAGGUGAGAUUGGUGUGCAGUAUCCAUUUUUCGACAAGGUGAAGGCCCGGCUGCGCAGCCGAGACACAUACCAGGAGUUUUUGAAAUGCCUGAAUAUCUUCAGCCAGGAGAUCAUUACCCGCGCAGAGCUGCAGAGCCUGGUGGGUGACAUCUUGGGGCAGCAUGCGGACCUGAUGGAGGGAUUCACUGAGUUCCUGACCCACUGCGAGAACGUGGAGGGCUAUCUGGCAGGGGUGUUCAGCGGGCGCAAGCUGGGGGAUUUCACAGAGGCGGCACCGUUGAAGGCCGUGAAGACGGAGAGGGGCGGUGAGCGGGAAAGGAGCCGGGAGGACAGGGAGAGAGAGCGGGACGCGAAGGAAAGGGAGCGGGACGUGAAACCAUCGCAGGCUGCGAGGGAGGGGGGCCACAAGGUGGUGUCGAACAAGGACAAGUACAUCAACAAGCCGAUAUCGGAGCUGGAUUUGUCUAACUGCGAUCGGUGUACUCCGAGCUACCGGCUGCUGCCAAAGCAUUAUCCUCGGCCGGUGUCGAGCCAUCGGACGGCGCUUGGAAACUCGGUGCUGAACGACAGCUGGGUGUCCAUGACGUCGGGGAGCGAGGACUACUCGUUCAAGCACAUGCGGAAGAACCAAUACGAAGAGAGCCUGUUCCGGUGUGAGGACGACCGCUUCGAACUAGACAUGUUGCUGGAGGGGACAGCGGUAACGGCGAAGCUGGUGGGUGAAUACACUACGAAGCAAGAGGAGCUUAGCGGUAAGGCGGAGGCAUUGCCUCCGAUGGACGAGUUUUUGUCUGCGAUCAAUUUGAGGUGCAUCGAGCGGAUAUACGGGGACCACGGGCUGGACAUGCUGGAGGCGGUUCGGAAGAACAUGAGCCGAGCGAUGCCUGUAAUACACUCGCGUCUGGUGCAAAAGGAGGAGGAGUGGACUCGAUGCCGAGAGGAAAUGAACAAAGUGUGGUCCGAGGUGUACGCGAAGAACUGCUACAAGGCGCUGGAUCACCGCAGCUUCUACUUCAGGUCGCAGGACAAGAAGGCGCUGAGUACGAAGGGACUGCUGGCAGAGAUCAAGGAGGUUAACGAGAAGAGGAGAAGAGAGGACGACACUAUGUUGGCGAUUGCAGCAGGUGAUCGAAGGCCUCUGCAGCCUGAUCUACAGUACGAAUUCAGCGACCUGGCAAUUCAUGAUGAUAUGUACCAGAUUAUAAAGUAUUCGUCGGAGGAGAUCAGUAGCUCGUCGGACCACACGGAGAAGACGAUGCAUAUGUGGAGGAUGUUCGUGGAACCGGUGCUAGACCUAUCGUCGCGUUCUAAGGGGGUGGAGGACAUGGAGGAGAGGGUGAAGGCGAAGUCGUCUGAGGGCAAAGUCUGGGAUGGAAAUGGCGGAGAGAAUGGUGGCAGCGAAGGGGAUGAAAUGACGAGCAGCCCGGAGGGUGGGACCGCUGCAGUUGAAGGAGGGGACAGCGUUAGCGGAGGUGUGGAGGUUGUGGGUGUGGAAGAAUGUGGGGCUCGGGUGACCGCAGGUACGACGAAUGGGGAGGUUCGGCGAGCAGCAGAUUGUGGGGAGAGGAACUCAGCAGACAUUGCAGGAGGAGAAGCGGAUGAGAGAGGCGGUGACGGGGCUAGAGAAGAUGUGGUGAGGGGUGGGGCGGAGGAUGGUGGGGAAGGGACAGCUGCACGGACGGAAGGGUCUGGAUGGUUACAUGCAGGGAUCAGUGGGACGAAGCAGAGCAGCGGGGCAGCAAAACGAGGCGAUGUAGAAAGGCGGGCGAAUGCGGGGCAUGGUGAGAAUAGAGGAAGCGGAUCGGUGGCGGAUGGUGGUAGUUUAGUGGCGGACGAUAAUGGCAGCGGUAGUCGUGCCGCCGCAGAUAGAGAAGAAGGAGAACUAUCGCUUUUUUCAGAGCGGGAGAACCGAAAGAAGUUGAAGUGCAGUCCGCGGCGGGGAAGAGAAGAGAAUGGUGUGGUAAAGUCAUUCGGUAAUGGGGAGGCUGCAGAUGGAGUGGGUGGAUCGGGGAUGGAGCAUGAGCAAGAUGCAUACGACGAAGUCGAGGAAAGCGCUCAGAAGUCAUGCGAGGACAGCGACACUCCGUCGGAAGGUGGGGAGGAGGUUUCGCCAAGUGAGCAGUCUGGGGACGAGCAAUCGGAGCAUGACGACGAUGACGAGGAGGAGGAUGAAGAUGGGAAGGCAGAGAGCGAAGGAGAGGCUGAGGGCAUGACAGAUGUGGAAGAUGGAGAUGGGGAUCGGAACUCGUCACUGGCAAGUUCGGAACAGUCGUAUGCACAUUGCAAGCCACUGGCGGCUUAUCCCGGACCCGGUGCAGGGUUGACGGUGGUAUCGCAGUCGAAGAAGGGCGGAGGAGUAUUCUAUGGGAACGACACCUUUUACGUCCUUUUAAGGCUCUACCAAACUCUAUAUGAGCGGCUUCUGUCGGCGAAGGUGAAUGCAGAGUUGGCAUCGAAAAAGAAAGGCAGCGAUAGCGGCGCCCCCCCGAACUUGUAUUCCCGGUUCUUGCAAGUGUUGUACGGUUUGCUGGACGGUUCUGUGGACAACUCAAAGUUUGAGGAUGAGUGCAGGGCAAUCGUCGGCACACAGUCGUAUAUCUUGUUCACGUUGGACAAGCUGAUUUUCAAGCUAGUAAAGCAACUACAAGCGGCAGCAACGGACGACGUGGUGCAGAAGCUUCUGGCACUGAACGCAUAUGAAAACGGGCGGGAGGCUGUGGAUCCCGUGUACUAUGCUGAUGCUUGUGUGGUGCUGCACGACGAGAGGAUAUACCGUUUCGAGCAGAGGUGGAAUCCGAACGAGUUGUUGAUACAGCUGAUGGACAAUUCGGACAUUCCCGGGAAUAGUUUCGAGAGCUCAUUUCAGAAGUACUUGGACGGGUUUUUGACGUCAGUACCAUCAGGCAAGGGCGGGCAGCUAUUUGUGGCACGCAACUUGAAGCGGAAGUUGGUGGAAGAGUGUGUAGAUUACGGGGAAGAUGUGAACAUAUUGAAUGGGCUUGAGAUAAAGAUGACAUGUCGGACUUCAAAAGUGUCGUACGUGCUGGACACGGAAGACGUGUUUUGGAGGUCGAUGCCAGGAGGCAAGAGACGGAAGGUGAAGGCGGGAUCGAAGAGAAAGGGUCAGUUUCACAAGUGGAUGCAAGAAAUGGAGGGUUUGAAAGCCCUUCGGACGAAGUUCUCCUCGGUAUGGAUAUGUCACUACAUAUAUAUAUAUGGUUGUAUCCCACAUCCAUCAUAUCCACCUCCAGAGCAAAAAAAUAUGAUCUCUAUUUUUCCACCUAUAUUUUUUAUAUUUCUACCCAUCACCUGUGUGCCACCAUAAUCUUUGUUCUAGUUUAACUUCAAAGCCACUCCUCAAAUUUGUUGAGUAAGAACAGCAAGACUCAAUUCAUAAGAAUUGAGUUCAUUAGUGUGUAUCAGUGGUAGAAUGUACAUAUGUAUUGGUUAGAGAUAGUAGCUUCAUAGUCUUUUAUUUGAUGUUCAAUUGCUUUAGCCAUUUGCUAUUGUACUUCAUAUAAAUUUCCUAUUAACACUUGGAAAAAUUUCUUCAAUGCACAUUAUACUCCCUUAA